AUGGGCGUGCAGGGCCUGAGCGACUCCCCCCUGUCCCGCCCCUGCCUCUGCACCAGCCCUGUGGAUUUCUUAGCUGGGGACAGGCCCCGGACCGUGCCUGCUGCCGUCUUCACGGUCCUCUUCAGCUCCCUGUGUUUGCUGCUCCCCACUGAGGACCCACUGCCUUUCCUGACCCUCGCCUUACCACCCGGCCAAGACGGGGAAACUGAGACUCCAAGAGGGCCGUGGAAGAUACUGGCUCUGCUCUAUUACCCUGCCCUCUACUAUCCCCUGGCUGUCUGUGCCACGGUCCGGCAUGGAGCCGCACACCUGCUCGGCAGCGUGCUGUCCUGGGCUCAUCUGGGGGUCCAGGUCUGGCAAAGGGCAGAGUGUCCGGUGUCACCCAAGAUCUACAGGUACUACUCCCUGUUGGCCUCUCUGCCUCUCCUUCUGGGCCUCGGAUUCCUGAGCCUUUGGUACCCGGUGCAGCUGGUGAAAAGCUUCAGUUCUGGGGCAGCAGCGGGUUCCAAGGGGCUUCAGAACAGCUACUCUGAAGAAUAUCUGAGGACCCUCCUUUGCCAGAAGAAGCUGCAAAGCAGCUCCCACACAUCCAAGCAGGGCUUCCUGUCCCGGGCCUGGAUCUACUUCAGACACUACAUCUACACUCCACAGCGAGGAUUCCGACUCCCCCUGAAGCUGGUGCUUUCAGUCACCCUGACAGGGACGGCCAUCUACCAGGUGGCCCUGCUGCUACUGGUGGGCGUGGUACCCACCAUCCAGAAGGUGAGGGCAGGGAUCACCGCGGACGUCUCUUACCUGCUGGCUGGCUUUGGGAUCGUGCUCUCAGAGGACAGGCAGGAGGUGGUGGAGCUGGUGAAGCACUACCUGUGGGCUCUGGAAGUUUGCUACAUCUCGGCCUUGGUUCUGUCUUGCUUGCUCACCUUCCUCAUGCUGACCCGCUCGCUGGUGACACACAGGGCCAACCUGCGAGCUCUGCACCGAGGGGGCGCCCUGGACCUGGGCCCCCGGCCCCUGAGCCCUCGCCCCUCCCGCCAGGCCAUAUUUUGUUGGAUGAGCUUCACCGCCUACCAGACUGCUUUUACCUGCCUUGGGCUCCUGGUGCAGCAGAUCCUCUUCUUCCUGGGGACCUUGGCCCUUGCCUUCCUGGUGUUCAUGCCUGUGUUCCACGGCAGGAACCUUUUGCUCCUCCGAUCCCUGAAGUCCUCAUGGCCCUUCUGGCUGACCUUGACCCUGGCUGUGACCCUGCAGAACAUGGCAGCCCGCUGGGUCUUCCUAGACACUCACCAUGGACGCCCAGAGCUGACCAACCGGCGAGCACUCUAUGCAACCACCUUCCUUCUCUUCCCCAUCAAUGUGCUGGUGGGUGCCAUGAUGGCCACCUGCCGAGUGGUCCUCUCUGCCCUCUACAAUGCUGUCCACCUUGGCCAGAUGGACCUCAGCCUGCUGCCACCUAGAGCCGCCACUUUCGACCCCGGCUACCACACGUACUGCAACUUCUUGAAGAUGGAGGUCAGCCAGUCACAUCCAGCCUUGACAGCCUUCUGUGCCCUGCUCCUGCGAACUCGGAGGCCCCAGCCCCACGCGGUCCCCCGGGAUGGCCUCAGACUGGGGGAGGAAGAGGAAGGGAUGCAGCUGCUGCAGACCAAGGACCGGGUGGCCAAGGGAGCGGGGCCCAGGGUAGGCCGAGGCAGGGCCCGCUGGGGUCUGGCAUACACGCUGCUGCACAACCCAGCCCUGCAGGCCUUCCGGAAGACAGCCCUAUCAGAUGCCCGGGCCAACGGUGGCCGGCCCUGAAGGUGGGGAGGGCCACCCCGCCGUGUCCUUGCCUGUGCUGGAGCACUUCCCAUCCUCCCAGCCCACUCCGUCCCCAGCUCUCCCAGCGUCAUCACUCCAGCCAUGGCAGCCUCUCUGCUUGCCACCAGCUCUGUCAGCAGGUCCCGGGGGUUCAGGGCCAGCCGGGGUUGCUUUGCUUGGGUGGAAGUCUGUCAGCAUUAUGAACCUCAAGCCUUGGGAAGGCUCUGGUCUGCCCCCUUGACCUUGGGAAGCCAGCUAGGGCUCUGGAGAAAGCAAUCGGUGGUUUAGGCCCUUGGUCCAGGAGCCGAUGGAAGCGGGGCGGCCACAUCCAGGCCCCUCCCGACGCUGGCUCUGCCGCCAGCCUUCAGGCUUCACGGAAGCCUUCUCCUGAUCGGGGCUGGUGAUGCAGGCCGGGACAACCUAGGAUUCCAGAUGGGCCCACUCAGCCUUGGAACACACCACCGUGACCAGACACAGCGCUUCCUCUCU